CCGUUAUUAAGAAAAAUGAUUUAUGCGCACUCAUCGUUUUUGAUCCAAUUGAUUUUUGCUGACAGUGCACUUAGUUCGUCUCUGUUCUUCAAUGCUCAAGCAAUCAGACUCGCUACAUACGCUCAAACCGGUGAGUGUCGCUGUCAGUCGCUGCCAGACGCUCGGAGGAGGCGCACACCAGCAUCAAGCUUAACAACGAUAGCACUACCAGGAUUAGAAAGGAUUUGUCAAAAUUCGGACUAUUGGAGUAUAAUUAUUAAGGGCACGUUUACCAAAUAUAAGGGCGGUAGAGACGUUUUAAAACAAAAAAAAUACAAAAAAAUAACCAAGAUGGUCGUGGACAUUAAGUCGGUUUUGAUCGUCGACGGGGUUGGCGCCAAGUGUGCCGAACUCCUCAACGCUUACGGAAUCGCCACCACCACCAAGGCCAAGAUCUCCAAGGAAGAACUUCUUAUGGAGAUACCCAACCACGACGCUCUGGUUGUGCGUUCAGCAACUCAAGUGACCAAAGAGGUGUUGGACGCAGGCGUGAAGCUGAAGGUGGUCGGUCGUGCUGGAGCUGGUGUGGACAACAUCGACGUCGACUCCGCCGGUAAAAAGGGCGUCGGAGUGAUCAACGCUCCGGGCGCCAAUGCGCUGAGCGCGUGCGAGCUGACCUGCACGUUGAUGUUGGUUCUGGCUCGCCACGUGGUCCCAGCUUCCACUGCGCUGAAGGCUGGCAGGUGGGACCGGGCUCUGUACACUGGCAGCGAGCUCGCUGGCAAGACCCUCGCCAUCCUUGGCCUUGGCAGGGUCGGCCGCGAGGUGGCCACUAGGAUGUACGCCUUCGGCAUGAACAUCAUCGGAUUCGACCCUUUCGUGUCUGCUGAUCAGUGCGCCCAGUUCCAUUGCACCAAGAUGGAGCUGGAGGACAUUUGGCCUCUAGCGGACUACAUCACCCUGCACACUCCGCUCAUUGAGUCUACUCGAAACUUUAUCAAUGCCGAUGUCUUGAAGCAGUGCAAGAAAGGUGUGAAAAUCAUCAACGUGGGUAGAGGCGGGCUUAUUCAAGAGACAGAUUUCUUGCAGGCUCUGAAGUCUGGAAAGGUGGGCGGGGCUGCUCUGGACGUGUUCGAGCAGGAGCCGCCGACCGAUCCUGUCACUUUGGAGAUUAUUCAGCAGCCUGCUGUAAUUGCCACUCCACAUCUGGGGGCCUCUACUAAGGAAGCUCAGGUGAGAGUUGGCCAGGAGAUUGCUGAGCAGCUCGUGAACCUGGUGAAGCCGGGAACAUUCCCGACUCUGCUGGCCGAAGUCACCCGUGUCUUGAACAAGUGAACGUUAAACCUACGUUUUAACGGUUUUUUUUUUCUCUUUUUUCUUUCAUUAAUUUUUUGCCUUAGCAUUUUUUUUAUAAUUACUUUUGUGUCUUUUUUAUUACUUUAUUUUUCAUAUUUACGGCGGAGUUUUUUUGAAGUAAAAUUUAUUCAUAUUAAUAUUAUUUGAGAUAGCACUUUAA